AUGGGUUUUAAAUCUUUUGAUUUAUUUGAUCUAGGCACUGCCGUGGGCGUGUUCUUCAACAUCGCCCUGGUCGAGGUGGACCCAUGCGACACCACGUGGGGGCCGCUGUUGUACGGCGGCCACCGCUGCGACCCCAACACCACCCUGUGCGUGCCGUUCCACCUGGGCCACGGGCUGGGCGGACUCGGCCUGCGCCGGAUGUCAUACCGCUGCCAGUGCCGGUACGGCUACGGGCCCGUGAACCCUCCGGGCGGCAGCCCACCGCUCAACGACACCUACACCGAGCCCCCGCACUUCACGUGCUCGCCGUGCCCCAAGGACCAGCCGCGCUGCGGCAUGUCCAACACGUGGCAGGCGGGCGUGCGGACGGGCCUCAAGGUGGCGCAGGGCGUCAUCAUGGCCACCGUGCUGCUGCUGGGGCUGGUCGUCUUUAAGAAGCGCAAGUGCAAGGUCGUGGCCUCCAGUAUGUGGAUGAUGCUGGAGACACUGCUACUCGGCGCCUUGCUGAUGCAGACCGCGGUGGUGCUGCGCUUCGUGGAGCCCAGCCUAUGGAUGUGCCUUCUGGAGCCGUGGUGCCGCGAGAUGGGCUUUGUCGUCUGCUACGGCUCCAUCAUCCUCAAGCUCUACCGCAUCCUGGUGGAGUUCCGGACGCGCAAGGCGCACCGCUGGGUGCUCAAGGACCGGGACCUGCUGCGCCACCUGGGCGCCAUGGUGCUGGCCGUGUUCGCGUACCUGGCCGCGCUCACCGCCGCCUCGCUACACUUCUACAACGAGGGCUUCCAGCUGCUCGACACCGUGACCACGGACGACGGCAUGGUCUACCCGCACUGCAAGGUGUUCUGGUGGGAUUGGGUCACCCAGGCGGCGGAGCUGGUGAGCCUGUUCGUCGGCAUCCACCUGGCGUGGGUGUCGCGGUCGUUCCGGACGCAGUUCAACGAGCGCGCGUUCCUGUGCGCGGCGCUCUUCGUCGAGCUCAUCGCCAGCACGGCGCUCUACGUGGGCCAGGCGGUGCGCGUCGCCACCCGGACGGCCAACCUGUCCCCCACCACCGUCCUCGUCUUCUACUUCAUCCGCGAGCAGAUGUCCGUCACCAUCGUCCUCGGGCUCGUCUUCAUCCCCGUGCUGUGGCUGGCGCGGCGGCAGCCCGCCGCCCGGAGCCUGCUCCCCACGCUGGACAACCUGGGCAAGCCCGCGGACGGCAGCAGCUCCGGGGCGGGCACCGGCUUCCACUCGAGCGACGUGGACGUGACCGAGGUCACCCUCAAGGACAUGAACCCGGACGACAUUCGGAAGUGGCGUCACUUUGUCACUGCAACCCUCCUCCUCUUCCUCCUCCUCGAAGGAGGUUGUCGGCGCGACCCGGGGGGUGGGAGGGUGGAGGGCGGCCUGCCAGUCCCCGUCACUGACUCACGGGGCUUACUGAUUGCAAACUUACGCACUGUUUCUGUUCGCACGCCGCAGAAGAGGGGGAGCAGGGAGAAGGCGUUACACCACCGGCACAUGCGGAGCUCUGCGCGUCACCACACCGACGUCGAGGUCACGGAGGCCGAAGGCUCGAGGACACCGGAGGACUCGGUGUGCUCGCAGGAGGGGCCGUCGGCCGUGUUCAACGACGGGCCCUCGACGUACUCCGAGUACGGCUACGGCACCCCCAGCGUGUCCUACAAGGGCUCGAGCUCUUACAAAUAGGGGGACUUGUUUGUUAUUGUUGGUUUCUCGUACGCAGCCCUGGUGCUUGUGUGUUUUUUCUCUGUCAAUGCCUUGUCCACUGCCAAGGCGUACAGAGUUGUUCGCGGCCAGGGGGCGGAGCCCGCGGGCCCCCCACAGCCCCGGUCGCACACCCGUCUCCCUGACCGGCUCUAAAAAGAUUUUCGAUGAAAUCCCAUUAUUUCGGAUUUCGGAUGGCGGAAAGUCUCUUGUUGUUCGAUUUGUCUUAUUGUUAUUGUGCGGUCCCCACCCUGCCAGGCAGGAUCGAGGAGCGUUUGUUCGCUUUCCAUUGUCUCUGGAGUCCACUCCCUUACGCGCCCAAGUUAAGCACACACACCCAUUAGGGCGUCAAUGUGUCUGACAAAAUUUGCCAACGCGAUCGCAUUGUGCUCUGCAUGGGUGGGAGGCAUUGAGUUGUGGUUACUGUGCCAGUAAGUCUCGCACUAAGUGAGCCAGCACUUUGAAGUCCCGUUUGAUUGAGAAGUUGGAACCAUUUGAAAGAGUUGUAGCUUCCCUGUUUAGGCGGAUGCUAAUAUUUUUACCAGCACCACUCGAGAAGUGGCGUCGAUUUUCAGUAUUUGCCCUGUAUAUCAUUGUACAGUGGGGGGACACCCCGAAUAGAUGAGUUAUCUGUGAUUUUAAAGCGUUUAAGCAUUUGCAAAGUGACAAGUGAUACUUCUUGUUUUUUAAAUGCUUUCCCUGCAAGUCUUUAGAUUUCCUGAGGACUAUGGUCCCACAAAAAUUUCUUUAAUCAUUUACGACCGUAUGUCUCGCGAGUGCUCGUAAAUUCCCCAAGGACACCCAUUUUGGAUACAGCCUACACCUACAAAAUUGUUUUGAUCUCUCGUGCCUAAUACAAUUGAUGUGCUGACGACACGGUGGCUCGCACGGUGGCGUUUUCAAUUCGCGGGUACCGAGCACUUGUGAAUUGAAAUUAAUGACGCUCAACGACAUAUUAUACGAGCAGUGAGCAGAACUUGCUUUACAGAAGACCUUUCUUUAUUCAAGUAAACCACAUGUUUCAGUGUUUUAUUUCUCUUUUUUUUUGGUUUUAACGUUGACCAAAAGAAUGCCCUAUACUGUUUCAAAUUUAUUUUGUGUAUUAUCAGGUCCAAAAAUUAUUGUCUACGUUUUUUGCUCAAACUCCUAAUUUUACAGGGUUGAAUAUGUAACAAUACGAUUUUCUCGUUAGUGAACGCGACACUGUGUAUUUCCUCUCUCGCUCUUUGCUAUGCCAAGACAAGUAAAAUACGUAACGUUUCUUUAGUCGGAAUGAAGUACCGUUGUUUACUUGAACCAAGGCCCCCGAACUUUAGAGACUUUCCAAUUGGUGCCAAUUAUUUAUGUUUUAGAAACCCGUUCAAAUAAUUUCUUCCCCGCUUUUGACCCCAACUAUUUCAAUAAAAAAUAUUGACCCAUGGACGACUUCAAACCAAAAUAUUGGACUUAAAAUGGAACACCUGCAACACUUCAGCCAUUCGGCUAGCAUCCCAGCUCACACAGAGGUUAUAUGAAUUGUAAUAAUUUGUCACAAGCGUCAGAGUGAUGCUCCCCUGUUCAGGUUUUCAGUUUUUAAAUGGUUUCACUGAAGUCAAAUUAUGUGACAUUUGGAUCUUUACAUACAUGGCGUGCUGUUGCCCGCAAGCCUUACGUGCAGUGCUCCCCUACUUUCCGGCAGCUAGCGCCUGGCAAGCGGGGGAUAGGCAAACCCGCCGUGCACUCGUGUACCGCGGGAUAGCCUACGCGGCCAAUGGCAGGCGCUAGGGUGGCCAAGCGCGCGGCGCAGCGCCGGUUCAGCUACUGCAGAGACCAUACUUCCCUAUGGUAUCCCACACUCUGGCGCACGCCUCUAUGGCGAUCCUCAUUUUCCGAAUGUCUAAUAACAAGGCGCUGCUCGUUGGAGAAGCUCCAAGCUGGACAUGAGGGACAACAUUCACAGCUGUGCAGCCUGCGGGGCAUGAACGACAGCAUUACCAACAUGUCGAGUCCAUUCUGUGCAGAGCCUUUCUGAAACUUUUCCAAAAUUGGAGUAAAACUUUACAUGAUGAUACAUAUCUAUUAUUCUCUGUACAAUCUGGCUUAGUUCGAGAGUACUUAGAUGAUAUUUCAAUUCAAUUACAGUUUUCUUUAGAACUUUUUCUUUGUGUCAGUGAAACACAAUAAUUUUUAAGUGUUCUCUUUAAUCCUACUUGUGUGUUAUACUGACAAAUUGUGAAGUAGCCUUUACCUACUGGAUUUUGCUAGAAUUGCUGCUGUUAAAAACACACAAUGCCAUGUAUCCCAGCUUCUGCCUUGAUUGUGAUGCUCACUUAGAAAAGCAAUUAUUAGUCUAUUUCUUAUUCCUCCUAUCCCUGCUUUACAGCUAAAUAUUAAGUUAGUGGAAAUAGUCCUGCUUUGUUUCAGUGUGUUUAUGUGUAUCAUUUUGGUAACUUUGUGUAAAUUUGACUUUAUGUACUACGUAGCAUAUUGCCACGUGUCUGAUGGAAAGAAAAGGACGCAUAUUCAAACAGCUUAGAAUCACAAUACCUAGUUAAUCUGCCUUGUACAAAGUACCCUUUUAUAUUAGAUUUGAAUGGACAAAAAAUGACUGAUCCUACCAUUAGGCAAGCAAAUAUAAAGCUUCAAAGUUUUAAUGUAAGAAUAGACAAGGAUGGGGGUUUCUCCCAGUACAUAGUUUUAGAUUAGACCACAAGCCCAAGAUGUCUUUCACGGCAUAAAUGCAAUGUAAUUAUAACUACUUUGGUUAACAUUUCAAAAUCCCCAUUUUAUGAAUGUGCAAACGUAGGCAGCUUCUAUGCACAUAAAAUAUUAAUGAAACUAGAUCUCCACUAUUGGAUGAUAGUCAUCAGUAUUACCUUAUCACAAUAAACACAAGUCAAAAAGCAGCAAAACAGAUAAAAUAAUAAAAAUAAAAUAACAAUUUUGAGCAGCAUUUUAUUAAUACUUGUCUUAUCUACCCUUUUACAUAGCUUUAAUAUGGCUGCAUAAGUUUGUCAUUUGCUGUUAAUUACAGGCAGAACCUCCCAUCAAAAAUCCCUCCAUAACUCAAUGCAACCACAACUAAGGUUGUAACUUCUCUGGAAUGUGCUACUGACACAUGGUUUCUUGGAAUAAAGCCGUCCCCUCUCAAGCUGAGAGCAUUGCCAUUCUGCGUGUAGUAUGCAACAUGCUGCUUACAUCAAUCAUGAAUUAGGGCUAAACACCUUGUUAGUACCCAGUAGAUAUUAAGUAGCUAGUACAUUUAAUUUUUAAAAAUGGUGUUUUGGAAAUCUUACGUGGUUUCCCACCUAGGUAGACUUUGACAAAUAAAUUACAAACUGUACAUAAUAAAUAUGCCUAAGAGGGACCAAAGAAUCAUGAAGCUAAGAAAAUGUUGCAUAAGGAUUCUAUGGCACUUUGCUAAACCAAAGUGUCACGACUUAUAUAAAAUACGGUCGCUCUUGCCACAAUCCUGUAAGUAGUUGCUUAAAUGGGUGCCAUUUUGACUUAUCAUAUUAUACAGGACAUUGUUUCAUUUUACUUAUCAUGUGCAUAAAUGGUUGCGAGCUCAUAACAUUAUUUGUAUGGUCAUGUUACAAGAGAAAAAAAAAAACUGUUCAUGAAUA